CGCGAGAAGGUGUGUUUCCGGAAGACGUGGCUGUUGCUGCAGUGGCAGCUGUCAUCCAAAUUGUUCAAAAAGGAGCGCUCGAAUAACUCUAUCUAAAACAUUUUCUUUACUUCUGCUUUUAUCUUUACCCAUUUAUCCGGCGUCGAGAUGAUUUCGCUAACGGAUUCCCAAAAGAUUGGAAUGGGAUUAACAGGCUUCGGCGUGUUCUUCCUCUUCUUCGGGAUGAUCCUUUUCUUUGACAAAGCACUCCUGGCUAUUGGAAAUAUCCUGUUUGUUGCUGGACUUGCCUUCGUCAUCGGGCUUGAGAGGACCUUCCGCUUCUUUUUCCAGAAGCACAAGAUUAAGGCCACCAGUUUCUUCCUGGGAGGUGUGUUCGUGGUGUUGAUUGGCUGGCCCAUUAUUGGGGUCGUGCUGGAGGUCUACGGCUUUUUCCUGUUGUUCAGGGGUUUCUUCCCAGUCGCAGUAGGAUUCAUCAGAAGGAUACCUGUCCUCGGCUCCAUCCUAAACCUGCCGUUCAUCAGUGCAUAUGUGGACAAAGUGGGCGAGAGCAACACCAUGGUAUAACAGUGACUUUUUCUACCCAGAGAAGGCUGUUUGAAUACAGCAGUUUUUAUAGAGCAACACAAUCUCCCAUUGGGCUGUUUUGAAGCAGCUAAGGUUAUAUUUUUUAAGAUUCCUUCCUCCUCCGGCAGGCAAAGACUGCUUUCUGUCUUCUCUGUAAUUUCCCUGGUCAGUGCUACCAAUCAAAUGUUCAUCAGCUUGUCGCACCACUGUUACUAAAGGAUGGAGUUACUAAGGUCACUAUAAUAAAUAUUUCAAAUCCUAUUGAUCCCUUCACUGUUAAGUGCAUCUGGCAUUAUAGUGGAGGAUGGACGAUUCCCUCAAAUGCUCAUUGACACUGUCUACGUGACUUUCUUUCUCUGUGGAAGAAACAGACAAACCUGCAAGGAUGAGAAGUGGAACGACAGCUUUCCGUGUUGUCAUGUUUCUGUGCCUGUGCUUUAACUUUAUUUGGACAAAAGCUUUUAUGUUUUUUUUUGUCUCCAACUGUGGACUUUAUUUUAUCUAUCCAAGUGCAUCAUCUAAAGUGCAUGGCCUAUUUUUGGUCACGACCAAAUCCACUUUUGCUAGUUGCUCAGAAAAAACCUGUCUAGCUGCAUGGUUGGAAAGGGUUGCAUUUGGUCUCUUAAUUAAUCAUCGCUAUGUUUUAGGUGUAACAUUGCAUAAAUCAAUCAGACUGCCAUCUCCCAUGCCCAUUAAAAGUGGUUUGUUUUUAUAAUUAGGAGGAUUCAUUCUAUCUUGCUACAAUGUGCCCUUAAAAUAACAGUGAAAUCCUGCUACAUGAACUUCAGACUAUUUAUGUUGGUUAAAAGCACAAUCACAUUCCCUCCACAUACCCUCCUCAACAUAUGAAUGUGUCAACAAUUUACCUGACCACACCUCAUUUUAAGACCAACACACCACUCAGUGUAUUUUCCAAUUUAGACUGUGUUGGUGCUGGACGAGAAAAUGACAACUGUGUCGCUCUGAAACUAGAAAAGAAACUUGCGUCACACUUUGUAAUUCUUUGUACCACUUUGCGCUACUUUGCACCAGGUGUAAGAUAGAGCCCUAUGUUUAUAGUGUGUUGCAGCUAUUUGAAUACCAAAUGUGGCUAUUGUAACAUUUUCCCUUUGUUUCUUGUCAUUACUUUGGGUUAAUGAGUACUUUGGUAUAAAUUAUUAUUCAAAUGUUUGACUUCAUGUAUAGUAAGGUGCUAUGGGAUCGUAUUUGAUAUUCAUUUACCCCAUGAGCUUUUAAAUGCGUUUACUAUUAGUGUGGCCAGAAACUGACAACACUCAUUUCAUGAUGACACAUAUAUAGUAAAGUUAACUCAGCUGGUCCUACAAGCUUGGGAAUGUAUACUGCUCGCACUGCUGUAGCCAGGAACGUGCUAAUGCUAAUCUCAGUCGCAAUAGAUCUCCAAGCUAACUGGUUUGUUAACUGUCAUUUACAAGCUCAGUUGUUUACUGGAAAAUUCUGUAGGAUCUCACUUUUCAUGAAACAUAUUUGUCUCUUAACUGUACACACAACAUGUCUCCUUUUUUAGGACAGUUUACACUCCAGCAGAGAAGUUUUGCUAAAAAGUUAUUAUAGCUUCCUCUGAUUCAGACUGUCUAGCUCUUUGUUCCCUCAAAAGUCAGCAUUGAAAAGACUUUCCUGCAGAAAUUCAUGAUGAUGAAGAUUUAGCUGUAAGCGACGAUACUGGGUUAAAGCCCUUUUGCUUCCAACACAGAGAAGCUGUUAAAUCAGCCGAUAUAAAGCCAUGUGCAGCAGCGAGCAGGUUUCAGUCUUCACCAAGCCCAGCAUUUCAGGUAAUUUAAUUCUGUAUAGGUUGGGACACUGACAGAAAAGUUUACACUGUAUCAGGACUUAUUCCUAAUGUUAGACCUAUGCUGAGAACACAAUGAAUAAGUCAUGAUUCAUUUGACUGUAAACUGCAUGGAGAGUGAAAGAAGAAUAUACAUUUGACAGAGCGAGUGACAAAGUAAAACACAAAUUGUCUUUAAUAAGGUGAUGGCACCAGAACAGCUUCAGUGUGCAGUGACUCGACAAAUGUCAUUACUGGAAUAGAUGAACACUAUUCCUCCAAAAGAUAUUCCUCCAUUUGGUGUUUCGAUGAAGAUGGUGAAGAGUGCUGUCUGACGUAUCAGUCUUAAAUCUCCUAUUUGUGUUAAACUAUGUGUAGAUCUGGUGAUUAUAUGAAGGGCACAGGGUAUGAUUCAUAUCAUUCAUAUACUCAUCAUUCAUUGAGCCUUCCUGCUCAAAAGAUGGGCGCAGUGUCGUCCUGUUUCUCUAGUUAUUUUUAAGGUUUUUCCUUUAACUUCCCAUCUUUCGGUAAAUGCAUUUAACUUUGUGUUUAAUUAUGCAAGGCCAUGACGACACAUGCUUCUUCCAUCCUCAAAAAAUGAAGCCAAGUUUUCGAAUAAAAAAAAUGAAAUACUUAAA